AUGAUACCAUCAGUUGGGAAAGCUCUGGCAGAAAAGGCUGCAGGAAAGAUGGCAGAGUUGAUUGUAGUAGAUUACAUGGGAAGGAGCGACAUGGACAACAGGCAAUCCCUGAAAAGGAAUUGGCAAGAAUUGAGCUGCAAAGCAUCUGACAUAGAAGAGGAAGUGCAUAGAGAAGAAAUGUCAGGUAAAAAGAAAAGGAAACGUGAAGUUGACAGUUGGUUGAAGAACGUUAAAAAUUUAAGUCCUGAAAUCGAUGCAUUGGAAACGAGAGGAUCAUCUUUGAGGCUUCCACUAAAGGAGGAUCCUGUAGGAAAGCUGCAACUUCAGGUGAAAGAACUUGUUGAUCAGAGCCGUCAUUUCGAUGGGCUUGUGCUCGAUAAUUAUGACAACAUCGGGGAGCCAUGCCUGCCAACCAAAUUGUUUGGAGUAAAGUUCGAGGAAGCUAAGCAGAGAAUUUGGCCAUGCUUGGUGACUGAUAAUAUAUCAAGCAUUGGGAUUUAUGGUAUGGGUGGAGUUGGUAAGACCACACUGGCAAAGCACAUCAAGUACCAUCUCUCAGAAAAACCCAGUUAUCAAGUGCUUUGGGUUACAGUAUCUCAAGACUUCAGUGUCACCAGUUUGCAGGAUAAGAUUGCUAAUGUCUUAGGCAUUCGUCGUCUAUCAAGUAGGGACGAGGAAGAAGUCAGGGCAGAUAUAUUGCGUGGGGCAUUCAGGAAAAUGAAGAGAUUAGUAGUGCUCAUAUUGGAUGAUGUUUGGGAAGAAUUUUGUUUAGACAGGGUAGGGAUUCCUCUUCAUCCAAGCAAGUGCAGAUUGAUUUUGACUACACGCUCACGGGAAGUGUGCGACAGGAUACAAUGCCAAAGAAAAUUUGAUUUGCAAACUUUGAACACAGACGAAGCUUGGGAUUUAUUCAAGUAUAAAUUUGGUAGCGAGACCUUGCUUCACGGAGAUUUUGAAAAUAUUGCCAAGUCUAUUGUGGGAAGGUGCGGUGGUUUGCCUCUUGGUAUUAUCACAGUGGCUGGAAGCAUGAGGGGUGUGAGCGACAUUUGUGAGUGGAGAAAUGCAUUGGAACAAUUGAAAACAUGUUCAAUUGGGUAUCAUGAGAUGGAACGAGAUGUGUUUCCCAUCCUGGAAUGGAGUUUCAAUCGAUUGAAUGAAUGUCUAAGGCAUUGUUUCUUGUAUUGCUCUCUUUAUCCAGAAGAUAGUGAUAUAAGAAGAGGGAACCUAAUAGACCUCUUUAUUUGGGCAGAGCUGAUGCCAAAACGGAACUCAAGGUCAGAAGAAUUUGAUGAAGGUCACACAAUAUUAAACAAACUGAUAAAAGUUUGCUUGCUAGAAGAAACUAAAGAUUUAGGAAGGAGUCGUUGUGUGAAGAUGCAUGAUUUGGUCAGAGAUAUGGCAUUAAGAAUCACGAACGGAAAAUGCAACCUACAGAUGAACGGGGAUGUACCACGGUUCUUGGUGAAAAGCAUAGGAAAGGGAAAUUCUCAAGUAACACUGGAACCAAAAAAAUGGGCAGAAGAUCUCCAUGCAGUCUCCUUUCAUUCAUUUUCAUAUCGACAACCAGAAAUAAAAGUUCCGCCAGCCUGGUCACCAAAUUGUCCUAAACUAUCAACCUUGCUUCUUUCUCAGGUUUCCAUAGAAGAAAUCCCAGAUUCAUUCUUUCGGCACAUGUGUGGACUUAAAGUUUUGAAUCUAUCUCAGUGCUAUGGUAUAACAGAGCUGCCUAAUUCUGUUUCAGACUUGGUGGAUCUCACUGCCUUGAUUUUGAGGUAUUGUAGAGACCUCCGAUCUGUGCCACCACUGGGAAAGCUCAAGCAAUUGAGGGAUUUGGACCUAUCCUCCACUAAGAUUGAGGAUUUACCUGAAGGUUGGGAGUUACUGGUCAACCUCGAAAGGCUUAACUUGGACGAGUGUUGGAGUUUAAGACGAAAGAUAAUAAUACCAAAAGGGACAUUUUCCCAAUUUCACCGUCUUCAACGGCUAUUAUUGCCACACUAUGGUAGCGUACAAGUUAAUGAUCCAGAAGUGUUGAACCAAUUAGAAUGUUUUAGAGGAUGUUUAUCUUUUACGGACUUCUAUAAAAUUACUCGGUGGCCAAAAUACUAUAAUAAUGUUUAUAUCAAUGACAUCUUAAUUGAGGAUCCGAGUUUGGCUGAUGGAGUGCGGAGGUCCCCGGAGAAACAACUGCAUUUCCGUCAGUGUAAGCUUGGUAGAGGAUCGAACUAUCUGCCAGAUGAUAUGACAAGUCUGAUAAUCGAGGAUUGUGAGGGCAGGGGCAUUAGGUGCUUGUCAGAUGUUUUUAGAAAUUUUAUAAAUUUAAGCCACUUAUAUGAAUUGAAAAUCAAGGAUUUGGUUGGAAUAGAGUUCCUCUGGCAAUUGUCCUCUGCUUCUCCACGUGAUCAGUUGGAAGUCUCAUCUUUUAGUUCACUCCGUGAUCUCAAAGUGCUACGCCUCCACAGGUUGCCAAAUCUGGUUGGUCUUUUUUACGGAGAAUCAGAACCACAUUUGCUUCCAGCUGGCACCUUUUCUUCCCUUAAAGAAUUGGAGAUUUCUGAAUGUCACAACAUGAAGCAGCUAUUCACGGUGCAGUUGCUGCAGAACCUUCAAAAUCUUGAAACAUUAGAAGUUAAAGAUUGUAAAGGACUGGAGGAGAUAGCAGCAGAUGGCAAUGGAUUAGGACAAGGAGGAGAAGAAGGCACCCAAUUGACUACAUGUGAAGGAGCCACCGCCACUGUCAUCCUUCCGAAAUUGAGGCGGUUGCGUCUGGAAAACCUGCCACAACUGAAGAACAUUUGCAAGGCAGCCAUGAUCUGCAAUUCAAUCAAGGAGAUUAUAAUAUUUGAUUGUCCAAAGGUAAAGAGGCUGCCUUUGUUUCCUCCUACCAUGAACGGACUACCAUCUCUUCCCAGAACUCUUUGUAAAAUCAGGGGAGAUAAAGAAUGGUGGGAAUCACUAGAGUGGGACAAUCCUUGUGCCAAAAAUGCCCUUGACCCAUUUUUUUCCACGCUGUGA